UCAGCUCGAUAUCAUGAGCGCCUGGUGUGAAUUGCUUUUUAAGGCAUUGGAUGAGUGAAUAUUAGCAAGACAAGUUCGUUGCCCAAGUCUUUUGUUUGCCCAGGCCGAGCUGGCAGCUGGCCAAGAACUGGCAAACACUUUCGUUUAAGCUGUGCGUGUAUGUCUGCCAGCCGCAGCAGCAGAAGGAGAAGGGGACGCAGACAGUGAAGGAGAAGUCGAGUAAGAAGAAGAAGAAGACAGUGCUCAUGCCGGCAAAUCUCAUGUAGUUGUGGUCGCGUGCUAAGUCUCACUUGAGCACUGAACAAGUUUUCGAAUCGAAUCGGCCAGCGCAGACGAAGAAAAGCCGACCACUUUCUUUGCGGUUUCAUUGGCUUCCAGUGAGCGAUGAGACGUGUACUUCCAGUGGCUGACAAAAGUAGCUAUCACAGUCGGUUCGAGUGGCGGCGCUCAGCUCAGUUGUUAACGCGACCUGAACAGGUGCAGACUUGCAGACUUUGCAGCUCCGGUUAGCAUUUUGUGUGUUGUUUCGUAUUAUAUUUUUCGUCGUGCUAAAGGAAAGCGCCACGGCGCACGUGGACAUGAAGUUAAUUGAUGUUAUUAUAUAUUUAAUAGCUAUUUUAAUCUUCAUCUAUUUGCUGUUGGAGUAAACCACAUUCACUCGCCACUCACUUACGCAGCUGCAAGCCAAAGCUUUCCUUACUCUUCAUCUUCUUCUUCUUCACGCUCCACAAGCUCUUCAUCUGCAAGGCAACUACAAUCGCAGCCAAUAUGAAGCAUUUCGUACUCUUGACGCUGCUGUGCAGCCUGGUCAGCUGUGAUCUGUCUGCCGUCAAGCGUCCGUUGGUCUUCAGCAACGGCAAUUGGCCUCCCAAGAGCGCCAACCAGCUGUCUCGCCAUCCAGCUGCCUCAGCCAACGGGAAGCAGCGCACCUUGGUCGUUCAGAUUCGCAGCGAUCAGCCAGUGCCAUUGGUAUUGAAGGGUCGUCCCGGCGCCCACACGCACGCCCAUCAGCACCUCGGUUCACACUCGCACCUGCACUCUCACGGUCACCUGCAUGGCCACGCCCACUCUCACGCACACACACACCUGUUGCAUGGAGCCGCGCCUCAGCACUUGCGUGGCGUUCGCCCACUGAAGCUCAGCGCUCCAAUCUACCUGAAGCCGGCAGGCAGUCUGCGCAAACCGUUGAAGAUCAAAUUGAGCAACUCGAAGCCGCACUCGAAGCCCACCUUCGGAUAUGAGAAGCCCUUCAAGUACGAGAAGCCCACUGCCGUUGCCUAUAGCGAACUGCAGAACUUGCCGCUGGACACACACAACAACUACAACACCGAGCACUUUGCACCAAUUUACACGGUACCCGCACCCAAUCUGGCCCAGCACCACGAUCACGACAAUCAGAUUGACGACGGCCUAAACACUGCAUACCUGCCCCCACAACAGCAACAACAACCACAGUUGAGCACUCAACGUCCCCAGAGCAGCUAUUACAGCGUGCAUGAGGACGAGACAAAUGAUAAAACGAUUCGCGAUCCCAUUUCGGGUUCGCAGAAACUCUUUGCCCCAGAUCCAGACCCAUCUUUGCCCACCACUAAGGUGAAGAUCGCCACGGAGAGCUUCAACACGCCGAGCAACAACCAGCCGCUGCCGUCGGAUGUGCAAAGCAACCAUCUGCCCGCGCAGCCAUUGGUCCAGAUUGUGGGAGCCCAGGCAGCAGCACAGACAGUGCCCAUCUAUCCCAUCCAGUUCACGCAGCAGCAGACGACACAGCCCUUCAUCGCCGCAGCCCUGCCUGCCGCCCAUAUACCCAUCUACAAUCCCACCUAUCUGGUCACCCAGUCCAAUCAGCUCUACAGCCAGCACAAGCAGCAGCUCUUCAAGCCCAGCGUGGAGCACGUCGUUGAGACGGGCUAUGUCAACGCUGACCUGACGCAGGAAGUGGCCAGCAAUGGGCAAAUUCUGCAGGCCGCCAAGGAUCCGCAACACAAUAUCCAUCCAGUGCUGGACUCGGCUCCACAAUAUGCCGCAUUAAUCGCUGCUCCUGCACUGAGCGAGCCCGCAGAGCCUGUGUAUGAUACGGCGCCCUUCCACUUGACCAAUGUCGCCACAUCAGUGAGCUCCACAGCACCCGAGGGCGGAUUUGUGGUAUCCAACUACUAUGGAAAUUCGCACGACUCUUCGCAGCUGCUGCAAGCUUAUGCCGAGGAAGAAGCCCGACGACAGCAGCUGGAAACUGAGCAGGCUGCACUGGAACUUCAAAAACAACAGCAGCAUCGAUUGCAAUUGGAAGAGCUGCAUGCUCAGGCGCAGGCCCAUGCACAGUUGCAGCAGCAAUACCAACAAGAACUGCAGCAGCACCAACAACAGCAAUACCAACACGAGUUGCAGUUGGAAGAGCUGAAGGCUCAGGCACAUGAGCAACACUUGCAGCAGCAGCAACAUCAGCAACAACUUCAAAUUCACCAACUGCAACAGCAGCAUCAGCAGCAACAGUUACAACUGCAACAGCAACAGCAGCAACAACUGCAGCAGCGUCAACCCACAGAUCCGGCGGCUGCUGCUUUCGAGGAGCAUCAGCGUUUGGUACAGCAGCAACUGGGCAGCACUACACCUUUGCGUAUUUUUGUUCCAGAUGAAGAAACACCGGAGACUCAGCGUCUACAAAAACGCUCGGACAAUCUCAAGAAGGGCUCAUUUGAAGAUGUCUCCACGCUGCAGUCGAAUGAUGCAUCAAAGGAUUUGUAUUCCGUUUCAACUUCUGUGGAAGUGUCAGGCAGUCAAACAGAUGCCGACAACGAAUAGGAAUAUAUCAUUGUUAUGGACAUAGUUCUUAGCGGUCUUUAAAUAUUUAUUUUACAACACACAUUUGUAAAUGUAAUCAUAUAGCAAGAGUCGAUAGUGUAAUUAAUAAAUGUAUUAAUAUUUUAAAAAACCGCGAGAAUUUUAAAAUGAAAUACAAAUUUAAAUAUAAAUUUUAAUACCUAGCAUAUAUGCGUGCUCUAUCGAUACAACCUCAGUUUGAAUUUUACCUUACGCGCGCUUUAUUAAAUGGGCCACACUGUUAAGUAUCGAUAAAUAACUGAUAUUCAGACCAUGUGCUCAGCUAUCGAUGUUAAGCAAUCAUGUGAAGCAAGUUGGCAGCCUUUAUGGUAAAAUAGAAGCUAAACAGAAAAGUGUGCGCUAAGCACAAAUUAAAUAAAUUGUCAUAAAAAGACAAAUAUAAUAAAUAUGAUAAUACCAAUUCGGUGUUUUACCUGUGGCAAAGUUAUUGGUAACAAAUGGGAAUCUUACCUA